AUGGAUGGCCCGACACGAUGCAACGGGCUUCGGAGAAAGAGGAGAUCCAGAUCGCAGAGAGAUCGGGAGAGGCGAUCCAAAGGCGGAUUAGGAGGGGCCGCCGCCGGUGGGGCCAGCAGGACCAGGGUUGCUUCGGUCCUCUCUUCCUCAGGCUCGGAGAAGGAAGACAAUGGGAAUCCACCAUCGUCCCGACCCAGACCCCCCAGGAGGAAGAGGCGAGAGCCCUCCUCGGCAGAAGAAGACAUUAUCGAUGGCUUUGCAAUGUGCAGCUUUGUCACUUUUGAAGCUUUGGAGAAGGACGUAGCACUGAAGCCUCAGGAACGUGUGGAAAAGCAUCAGAAUCCUCUGGCCAAGAAGAAACGGGAAGCACUUACCAAUGGGCUGUCGUACCAUCCAAAAAAGCACAGACUUAACCAUCACCAGUACAGCUCAGACCGGGAAAAUGACCGCAAUCUUUGCCAACACCUUGGGAAAAGGAAGAAAUUACUGAAGGGACUCAGACAGCUCAAGCCAGGUCAGAACAGUUGCCGAGACAGUGACAGUGAAAGUGCCAGUGGAGAAUCGAAAGGAUUCCAUCGGAGCAGCUCUCGGGAAAGACUCAGUGACAGCUCAGCUCCUUCCAGCUUGGGAACAGGCUACUUUUGUGACAGUGACAGUGAUCAAGAAGAGAAGGCAUCUGAUGCCAGCUCUGAAAAACUAUUCAACACUGUUACAAAUAAAGGUAAAGAAUUAGGUGUCCGUACGCUAGCUGAAAAUGACAACCAAGAUGCUAGGGGGCCGGCUGUCCCGAAAAUAUCAGGCUUAGAAAGGAGUCAAGAGAAGAGCCAGGACAGCAACAAAGAACCAAUACUCGAGCCUGUGGUGCCUAAAGACGCUUGUCCUCAGGUUUCUCAGCCUUUGGCCCAACAUCUUUUGGAGCCACAGCCUGAAGCGCCUUCCCCAAGCCCUGUACUGGUUCAGCGUACGGAGGCUCCUGCCCAGCCGCCACAGUCUCAAGCCUCACAGCCGCUGCAAGGCCCAGAAGAAGCCCAGCGUCCGCCUGCACCUCAGCCUCAAGUACAACGUCCGCCCAGGCCACAGUCCCCUCUGCAGUCUGUCCAUCAAAACCUGCCGCUGGUGCAGCCUCACCCUUCCUCACAGAGUCUCUCUCAGCCUUUGUCAGCGUAUAACAGCAGCAGCUUAAGCCUCAACAGUUUAAGCAGCAGCAGAAGCAGUACUCCAGCCAAGACUCAGGCCCCUCCCCCACACAUAUCCCACCACCCCUCCGCUUCACCGUUUCCCCUCUCUUUACCCAGCCACAGUCCAUUGCACACCUUCACGCCCACCCUCCAACCUCCUGCUCACCCGCAUCACCCCAAUAUGUUUGCCCCUCCUACGGCUUUGCCUCCUCCACCUCCAUUGACUUCAGGGACACUGCAGGUUGCAGGACAUCCAGCUGGUAGUACUUACUCAGAGCAAGAUCUUCUUCGUCAGGAACUCAACACACGAUUUUUGGCCUCCCAAAGUGCAGAUCGUGGGGCCUCUCUGGGGCCACCGCCCUACCUGAGGACCGAGUUCCACCAGCAUCAGCACCAGCACCAGCACACACACCAACAUACACACCAGCAUACCUUCACGCCUUUCCCCCACGCCAUCCCGCCCACUGCCAUCAUGCCAACGCCAGCACCGCCCAUGUUUGACAAAUACCCUACAAAAGUUGACCCCUUCUACCGUCACAGUCUGUUUCACUCCUAUCCUCCAGCUGUAUCAGGUAUUCCUCCCAUGAUUCCUCCCACUGGUCCUUUUGGCUCACUGCAAGGAGCAUUUCAACCUAAGACUUCCAAUCCUAUUGAUGUCGCAGCCAGACCAGGAACAGUCCCACAUACCCUCCUGCAGAAAGACCCCAGGUUGACAGAUCCGUUCAGGCCCAUGUUGAGGAAACCUGGAAAGUGGUGUGCUAUGCACGUUCAUAUCGCCUGGCAGAUAUACCAUCACCAACAAAAAGUCAAGAAACAGAUGCAGUCUGAUCCACACAAGCUGGACUUUGGCCUGAAACCUGAGUUUCUGAGCCGGCCACCAGGUCCCAGCCUCUUCGGAGCCAUCCACCACCCCCAUGACUUGGCCCGCCCCUCAACUCUCUUCUCUGCAGCCGGUGCUGCGCAUCCAGGUGGCACCCCUUUUGGGCCUCCACCCCAUCAUAGCAACUUUCUCAACCCAGCCGCUCACUUAGAGCCUUUUAAUAGACCAACUACGUUCACCGGUCUCGCUGCAGUGGGUGGUAAUGCCUUCGGGGGACUUGGGAACCCGACAGUUACACCCAACUCAAUGUUCGGCCACAAGGAUGGCCCCAGUAUGCAGAACUUUAGCAACCCUCACGAACCCUGGAACCGACUGCACCGAACUCCUCCUUCGUUCCCGACCCCUCCGCCCUGGCUGAAGCCAGGAGAGCUGGAGCGCAGUUCAUCUGCUGCAGCUCAUGACAGAGAUAGAGAUGUAGAUAAACGAGACUCAUCUGUUAGUAAAGAUGACAAAGAAAGGGAGAGUAUUGAGAAAAGACACUCCAGUCAUCCUUCGCCAGCACCCAUCCAUCCAGUGAACUCCCUCGGACAUAACCGCAGCUCAGCUGAGCAGAUCAGGAGCCAUCUCAAUCCUGAGAUUCGAGAGAAAGAGAAACCCAAAGAACGAGAGAGGGAUCACUCUGAAUCUCGGAAGGACAUGAAUGUUGAAGAUCACAAGGUGAAGGACAACUACUCUUCAGAGAAAGAAGGCUUGGGCCAUGAAAGCAGGGCGGUGGAAGAAUCUAAGCAAAUGUCCAGGGUACCUUCACCCUACGCUAGGCCCCCUGUUGUGGAGAGCACCAGGCCUAAUAGUACUUCCAACCGUGAGGCUGAGAGAAAGAGUGAGCCUGCAUACGAUAAUCAGAAGAAAAAUAGCGAAGUCAAAGUGAAGGAGGAACGGAAGGAAGACCAUGAUGUUCCACCUGAGGGACCUCAGACUCAUAGGUCAUCUGACCAGCCACCACCAAUAUCUACAUCCAAUGUCCAUCCAGGUCCCUUAGUGUCUAUGCCUAUGACUGUAGGUGUAACUGGUAUACACCCCAUGAACAGCAUCAGUGGCCUGGACAGGACUCGCAUGAUGACACCUUUUAUGGGAAUAAGCCCAAUCCCAGGUGGAGAACGUUUUCCGUACCCGUCUUUCCACUGGGAUCCGAUGAGGGAUCCUUUGAGAGAUCCUUACAGAGAGCUUGAUAUUCAUCGGAGAGACCCUCUGGGCAGAGACUUUUUGCUAAGAAAUGAUCCCCUUCAUCGUCUUUCCACACCAAGAUUAUAUGAAGCCGAUAGGUCGUUCAGGGACAGGGAACCUCAUGACUACAAUCACCACCACCACCACCACCACCAUUCUCUGUCCAUGGAUCCUCGACGUGAGCAUGAGAGGGGCAACCACUUGGAUGAGAGGGAACGGUUGCACAUGCUCAGAGAGGACUAUGAACACGCACGCCUGCACUCAGUUCACCCUGCCGCCUUGGAUGGUCACCUGCCUCACCCGAGUUUAAUCACCCCUGGACUUCCCAGCAUGCACUAUCCCAGAGUCAGUCCCCCAACAGGACACCAGAAUGGCAUUCUCAAUAAAACUCCUCCCACAGCAGCUCUCAGCGCCCCUCCUCCUCUUAUUUCCACUCUGGGACCUCGGCCUGGGUCUCCCAGAAGGACUACUCCUCUGUCGACAGAGAUGAGAGAGAGGCCUCCUUCUCACACCCUUAAGGACAUUGAAGCUCGAUAA